GAGUGCAAGUGCAUCAACCUGCUGGUUCCCCUUUUCUAUUUAAGUUUAUUAUGCAAAAUAUGGAAAUGGAGAAGAAAAAAAGAAUCUUUUGUUUUCAAUCUUGACCGUUCAUUCCAUUAAGAAUCCGACGGUAGAGGGAAAUAAACCUUCUGGUAGGUCAGUGCGUUGGGUCUAUAAAUACAUGAACGUAGACUCAGAGAGACCGAACUGAGAGGAGAGCGAAAAAAGCGACUAGGGAUGUUCUUCCACAUGGUUUUGGAGCGGAACAUGCAAUUACAUCCACGAUUCUUUGGUCGAAGCCUCCGUGAAAACCUCGUCUCUAAGCUCAUGAAAGACGUCGAGGGCACUAUCAGCGGCCGACAUGGGUUUGUACUAGCGGUAACUGGAAUAGAAAGCAUAGGAAAAGGAUUGAUCCGAGACGGGACUCCUUUCGUCACCUUCCCUGUUAAGUACCGAUGCGUUGUUUUCAGACCUUUCGAAGGCGAGGUUCUGGAAGCUGUUGUCACUACGGUCAUGCAGCACGGAUUCUUCGCCGAAGCUGGCCCUCUUCAGCUUUUUGUGUCCAAUCAUGAGAUGCAAGAUGGUAUGGAGUAUCAGGCUGGUGACAUUCCUAAUUACACAUCAUCAGAUGCAUCAGUUAGGAUCCAGAAAGACUGUGAAGUGUUACUAAAGAUCACUACCGUCAGUGUCGUCGCCACUGAGAUCUUCUGUUUGGGUAGCAUCAAAGGAAAAUAUUUGGGGCUCCUUAACGAUCGUGCAUAAGAAGAGUCUCAGUUACAGUUCGAUGUUACUUUUAUACAGAGGAUGAUGAUAAAUGUUGUAUUGUAGUCCCCUAUAAAGCGUUAAUUAUCAGUACGGAGGAUCUAUUUGUUGGUUGAUUCAGAGUAAUGGACAAGGCCAAACAAUAAUAUUUAAAUGAUUGAAAACGUUUUUAUCGUAA